GUGGAGGUGGUGAACGUGUCAGGUGAUGCUCUGACCUUGACGGUGCCCAGCGGCACCACCGGCCGUGCGUUACACCAGCUGCUGGCCUCCCGCCUUGCGUCGACGCCGAAGAACGCGCGGCUGGCGCUGCUGCGCGGGGAAGGAUGUCUGGAGAUGAGCAAGAGCUUGGAGGAGAUGGGUAUACAAGGCCGAGUCACCUUGUCAUCGGUCUACUUUCCCGUGAACGUCUAUGCAGCCUGGAGCUAUCUGAAGGGCAAGCAGUUUGAUGAAGAAUUCUGCCUGGAGGGAGUUGUUGAGCUUGGAGGAAUCUCCUCACUGAAACAACUCGAGGAUUUGCCCAAGAGUCUGCAGACUUUGAGUUUCAGCCAGAGUUUCAACCAGACUUUGGAUCAAAUUCGGCUCGCGCGUAGCCUGCAGAGCUUGACGUUUGGCGAUGAGUUCAACCAGAGCCUGGAUGAAGUGAUUCUUCCCAUCAACCUCAAGAGCUUGACUUUUGGGAACAGCUUCGACCAGAGUUUGAGGCAUUGCAAGUUACCAAUCGGUCUUCAAAGUCUAACUUUUGGCCAGAAGUUCAAUCAGGAAUUGGAGCAAGUCACAUUGCCCAGUAGCCUUCAAGACUUGACAUUUGGGGACGAGUUCAACCAGAGCUUUGAUCACGUGACUUUGCACUGCGAUCUGAAGCAUUUGACUCUGGGAAGUGCGUUCAACCAGAGUUUGCAUCAUGCAACUUUGCCGUUGAUGCUCGCCAGCCUCACCUUUGGCCGAAGCUUCAAUCAGAGCCUUGAAGGAUUGCCAGUGGGGCUUGAGAGUCUCACCCUGGGUCGAGAGUUCAUCAGCUUCAAGCAGCUGGCCUUGCCUAGCGGCCUCAGAAAUCUGACACUCGGCAGCUUCAAUGGGAGCUUGGAACAACUGAACUUACCCAGCUUGCGGAGCCUGCGGAGCUUGGUGCUGGGCAAUGCCUUCAAUGAAAAUUUGGGUAAACAUGCCUUGCCACCGAACUUGGAAAGCUUGACUUUUGGCUAUCAGUUCAACCAAAGCUUGAAGCAAGUGAGUUUACCAACGACCCUGAAGAGUUUGACCUUUGGCCGCAACUUCAAUCAACCCUUGCAGGCCCUCCCGAGUCUCGAACACCUGACCUUUGGGCAGAAGUUCAAUCAGAGCCUGGACCAGAUGUUGCCCAAAAGCCUCAAGAGCCUCAGCUUGGGCUUGGAUUUUCAGCAAAACUUGCAAGAUCUGAACUUUCCAUUAGGCAUCCAGAAGCUCACCCUUCAAAGCCCAGUCAGUGAGAUUUUGGAGGGUGUGGAGCUGCCAAGUGGCCUUGAAUCUUUGAACUUUGGUGAUGGCUUCAACGAUACACUGGAUCAGGUUCAGUUCCCACGUGCGCUGAAGACCCUGACGUUUGGAGAUGACUUCAACCAGAGCUUGGAGCACGUGUCCUUGCCAGAAUCCUUGAAGAGCUUGACUUUUGGCUAUUACUUCAACCAGCCUUUGGACUCACUUCACUUGCCAGAUGGUCUGGAAAGUCUCAUCUUUGGUGACGAGUUCAACCAGAGCUUGGAGCACGUGCAGUUGCCAGGCACCUUAAAGACCUUGACCUUUGGCCAUGAAUUCAACCAGAGCCUGGAAGUUGAGCUGCCCGAGGGCCUUGAAGAGUUGACAGUUGGCCACGAGUUUCAGGGAGACCUGCGGCCUUUGAGCCAACUCCAAGAGAUUUCCUGUCAAGGAGUCCUGGUGAGCGCGAGAAAGAUUGGAGAUGGGAGCUCGGUCCGAUCGACUCCAUGGAUUCGGAUGGUGUUUUUUUUGAAACAGAAACUGGUUGAUCUCUAUGGAUCUCCACAUUAG